AUGGUAGGACCAUGGAUCAUGCUGACUGAAAGAGCAUUAGCUAGUAAGGCAAAUGUCAUCGAUUACUUUGAAAAGGCUUAUCAAGAUUUGCACUAUAUUAGAGAGGUUAGGAAAUAUCUGAUUGAAAACGACCUCGAUGAUGAUGCUAGAAAAAAGCUCGAAAAAGAAUUAAAAGAUGUUGCUGAGAAUUACUUUCCUAAACAAGAGAAAGAUAUGAUUUCAUCUGUAAUUACCAUCAGCGACGGUUUAAAAUUAUUCCGAGAAAUUUUUGAUGAAGGAAAUUACACUGAAUUGAUCAACAUGUUGGAUGAAUUGAGCAUGAUAUUAUCAUCUGACACAUUAAUUGCGAGUGAUGAAUUCCUCAUCAAUUAUUCUAUUCAAAGUUUCAAUAUAUCAGUUUUCAAAAGAGACAAAUCCUUUUCUGAUGUAGCUCUUUAUCGCGAAUUGCUCGAGUUUCAUCCAAGCAUUAAAAAAGAGUUUCCUUUCGAAGUUAAAGAUGAUACAGUUUUCAUUCGCGCUAGUCACCUUUCAGAUGAAGCAUUGAAGUUUAAUUGGAAACAUUUGGAAAAAAAUCAGUCAGUUUUUGCAAACCUGAUGUUAGCUCUCCUUUCAAGAUGUGGCUCUGAUAUUCACCUUCCAAUUAUGAAUGGUAAAAUCCCACUAAUUAAAUUCGAAUGUGAAUACAAAGAUGAAGUUCAAAAAAUCAAUUUACAAAAGACUGAAUUGAGCAAUAUGACCAGAAGUGAAUGCGUUGCAUUCAUUACUAAUCAACUGUUUGGAGGUGAUAGCAAUAAAGCUAACUUUUUUAAUUCUGGAGCAGCCACAGAAUUUUUCCAAAUUAUAUACCCGGAUAUGAACGAUUUUUAUCUCUUAUUCAUUGAUUCUAGAAUUGACGACAUCAAGGCGCACUUUGAAUCCAAAGAAAAGUCCGAAUUAAUUCCUCCAGAGGAAUUCGAAAAAAUAAUAACUUCUCCUUCCAAUAUUGAAACACUCCUGAAUCAAUCAGGAACUCCUAAUUCUAACCUGGUUGCUCAAGGAUCAUCAAUGAAUUCUAAAGAUUACUCAUUGUCAUCAUCUUGUGAAGAAGAACAAAAAGAACCAGAAGAUAUUAAUGAUUUCCUCAAAACUUUUGGCAAAGAUAAAUCUAAAGAUUAUCUUGUAAAAAAGCCAAAAAUAACUGCUCUUGAUGAAGUCAAAUUAAGAAUUGAUGCAAUUAAAAAUCACGAACUCUCUGAAAAAAUUGAUAUAGAGUUGUGCUAUAAAGGUUUCAUUGUUUCUUUCCAAUGCGAUAGAAAUACAUCAAAAGAGAAAAUUGUUGGAGAAGCUAAGAGACGUUUUAUAUCAUUACAAAACAUUCAAGAUGACUACAUAAUCUUUUCUAUUCCUGGGUUAUCAACUUCAAUUAAUAACGCUGAUUUAAUUGAUUUCUUAAAAACAAAGAGUUAUUUAAAGCUCAAUGUCCACAUUAGAAAGCCGAGCUAUAUAAAUUAA